UGGCUAGUAUCAAUGAUCAACAAAACAAACCAUCAUAUAAAGUUGAUUGCCCAUGGCAUAUCAAUAUCAGUAAAAAGAGCAAAGAUAUCUAUAUGGUAACAACAUUUGUCAAUGAGCACAAAGGUUAUACACUUAAUUCACAAACAGUUUAUCUUUUAUCUCAAUUUCGAAAGUUAACUAAAGAAAUACUAGAUGAUAUUCAGUUUUGGAUAUCUGCAG